AUAUUCGCAAUUCCAGCCCUCGCAUAUUCUGUCUUUACGUUAUAUCAUCCCCUCCUCCACCCUCCCAUUUUCUUCCACUUUCCUUCACUUUCCUCUCAUACUAUGUACUCAUUUUCUUAAUUUCCCUCCCAUCGCCUUCGCUUGUCUACUGCUUCUAAUUACUUAAUUCUCGAGAGAGAAAGUAGUAUCGAUAUGAAGUUCGGAAAGAGUCUUAGCAAUCAGAUCGACGAGACCUUACCUGAAUGGAGAGACAAGUUUCUUUCCUAUAAAGAGCUGAAGAAGAAGCUGAAACUCAUUGAACCCAAAGCUGGAGACAAGAGGGCCACCAAGCGGCCCAGGUUGGCCUCCGCCGGAGAUUGUACGGACGGUGCCGGAGAGAAGGAGGUGAGCGAGAUGACCAAAGAGGAGGUCGAUUUCAUCAAAUUGUUGGAGGACGAGCUCGAGAAAUUCAACACCUUCUUCGUCGAGAAGGAGGAAGAGUACAUUAUCAGACUAAAGGAGUUGCAAGAUAGAGUUGCAAAGGCCAAGGAUUGGAGUGAAGAGAUGUUAAAGAUACGGAAGGAGAUUGUGGACUUCCAUGGAGAGAUGGUUUUGUUGGAGAAUUAUAGUGCCCUUAAUUAUACAGGAUUGGUAAAGAUACUUAAGAAGUAUGACAAGAGAACUGGCGCCCUCCUUCGCCUGCCCUUCAUUCAGAGGGUCUUACAGCAACCCUUCUUCACCACUGAUUUACUAUACAAGCUUGUGAAGGAGUGUGAGACAAUGCUCGAUCGCCUUUUUCCUGUAAACAAACCUCUGGCUUCUACCGAGGCAACUGAUGAUGGGAAUGAUGAACCCUUAACUUCUUCUGCCACUACCAAGAAUGAUGGUCUGCUGAGGAUACCCAAGGAACUUGCAGAAAUUGAGUUCAUGGAGAGCUUAUACAUGAAGAGCACCAUAUCAGCACUGCGAGCUCUGAAGGAAAUUCGCAGUAAAAGCUCAACUGUUAGUUUUUUCUCAUUGCCGCCGCUGCAAAUUAGUGGUUUGGAGGAUACAUGGAAUAAAAUUCCUGUUCUGGAGCAAGAAGCAAAAUAGUUCAAUUUUAUGAAGGGAGAGAGGAUAAAUGUGUCACUUCCUUUAGUUUUUGUUUUUUUUAUUUUUAUUUUUAUUUUUUUACUUGUGCAUUUGAAAUGCAUGUAUUUUACUAACACGUGUAAAAUCUAUAAAUUUAAGGACGAUGAAAUUCGUAUAAUAGAAUCAUAUGUUCUGUA